AUGAAAAUACAAAAUCCUUUCCCUGAACAAAUCACACGCAUUCUCUUCGAACGAUUGGUAGCUUUGCGUCCACAUCCGUGGGGUUUGCUCAUCACGUUCAUCGAACUAAUCAAAAAUCCCGUCUACAACUUCUGGAAGUACGAGUUCACCCGGUGCGCUCCUGAAAUUGAGCGAUUAUUUCAAAAUGUUGCGAACACGUGCGUUACGGCACGACCAGCUGAUUCAGAAGCGAGCAAGGCUUGA